AUACAGCCAGUGAAAUGGAGGAAUUGGAAAUUGACAGCAUCUCAUUGGUACCUGAGCAGGAAAACCAUGAUCCAGUAAAACUUCAGGUCUUCUUGGCUCGAUAUAGUUACAAUCCUUUUGAUGGCCCCAAUGAGAAUCCUGAGGCCGAACUACCACUUACAGCUGGCGAGUAUAUUUACGUUUAUGGAGAAAUGGAUGAAGAUGGCUUUUUUGAAGGGGAGCUGAUGGAUGGCCGGAGAGGCCUUGUCCCUUCCAACUUUGUGGAGCGACUUGCAGAUGAUGACCUGGUUACUUUCUUGCCUCAGGAACUCCAUGAUCUCUCCCAAAGCUCCCCUCUUGAGCGGAGUUUUCUCAGCAUAAGCAUCAGCAGUGGAGAGAGAAGUGAUUAUUCAUUGGAGGAGCUCAAUGCCAGCACAGCUCCCUCUAGGCUAGAAGGGGACCAAGGAGAAGGAGGUAUUUCCAUUGCAGUGCCUUAUCCCAGAAAGGUGACUCUAAUCAAACAGUUUGCCUCUAGCCUCUUGGUGACAUGGGAUCCACCACUGGUGCCUAGUGGAAGCUGCUUGGAUGUCCAGAGCUACAAUGUCUUUGUGGACGCUGAACUCCGGGAAAACGUGAAGGCCAGUUCCCAGAUGAAGGCCAUGAUCGACAGACUGGACUUGAAAACAAAAGCCUAUCGUGUCUCCAUACAGAGUGUUUCUGAGAAGGGCAGCUCAGACAGACUGCAGUGCACAUUCCUGGUGGGAUGUGGUUUUGUCUUAGCUCCAAGCCAGCUCCAAGUGCGGAGUGUCAAGGCCACUUCCGUGGAGCUGUCCUGGAUGUCAAGCAACAGCAACUUCCCACAUACCAUAUACCUCAACGGGGGAGCAUGUGAUAUAGUGAAGGCUGGAAUAUAUUGGUACACUUUUCGCAAUCUGAAUCCAAACACUUCCUACAUUGCCACAGUCGAAAUCCAGCCUCAACAGGCUUUCUGGAAAACGUUUCCAGAGGUGGAAGAGCAGGUCUUGUCCACAGAGAUCCAGUUCACGACAUCUUCAGCAGGGUCUCCAGAUGCUCCGCUGGAUGUCCGGGUGGAUCCUGGCCCCACAUCUGGUAUUCUGGUCAUCAGCUGGUUGCCAGUCACCAUUGAUGCUGAAGGAUCAUCCAAUGGAGUGCGCGUCACUGGCUAUGCAGUGUAUGCUGAUGGACAAAAGGAACUGCUGCUCACUGUGACAAAACAGGAGCCACGCAUUUCAGACAGUGGUGCUAAUAGCCUGGAGACCUUUGAAAGUUGCUCGGCAGAACAGGGGACAAAUGCCCCACCAGAAAGAGAGCCAGAUAACAGCCAGAGUUCCCUGGAACCCCCCAUGGACAGACCUUCCAAGGAAGAAGACAGCGCCACCGGGGAGGUGGGCCAAAGUGAAGGACAAACUCCAGAAUCUUUAGUUGAUUCAGGGAGGAUGAAGCCGUUGAAAGAAGGCUCCAGGGAUGACUCUUCUCAGCUGGUGCCCAGGAUCAGAAGAGAGCAAGCAGAGAAAAGAUCAGAUCCAGGAAAUCGGACAUUAAAUCUUCUAACUGACCACAAUCGUGGUUCUGACCUUUCUGAUAUUACGGAGGAAGAGGAGGAAGAGGACGAGAAGGAGGAGGAAGAAGAGAAGCCAGUUUCUGGUAGACCAGGGGAAAUGAAAUGGAAUCCAAGUGAAUAUGGCGGCAGAGAGAAUGGAGACAAGUUGGAUCUUGGUGAUACUGACAGCGAUGAAGAAAUCUUGGAACGGAUUCUGGAAAUGCCAUUGCAAAAAAAUCGCAGCAAGGCUCUGUUUAGUAUUCCUGAAGUGACUGAAGAGGAGGAGGAGCAAGAACAGGAAGAUGAUGAUGAUGAUGAGGUUGAUGAUGAUGAUGAUGAAGAAGAAGAAGGCUGGGACCCAGUCCUAAACCAACCUAUUUCCAUCCCUCUGGAAAAGAAGACUGUGGAAAGUUUCCAGAGUAAGCUUCCUAAUCAUACCAGAAGAGCACAAGAUCCUCCCUGUUCUUGGUCUAGAAGAAACCACAAUCUUUCAGAGCUGAUCUUACCUGAAAAGACCCUUCUACAGACGUUGAGAGGGGAGUGUAUGAAUGAAACGUCCAGUUGCUCUGGAAGAUGGGAUGGUGAAGAUAUAACCUAUCAGUGGGAUGAUCGAAAGAAACCAUCGAGAUCUCCUCUUUUGGAAUGGAGAAAAUCCAGUCAUUGCAAGGAGAAGACACGUGCCCAACCCCAGGGACAUAGGAAGCGAAAAGGAGACAUCCGCGAGCCCAGUGUUUCUCUGCGGAGCAAUUCCUACUACACCGGAGGUGGUCUUUACAGAGUGCAGAGCCUCACAGAGAAUUUGAAUGUGAUCACCAGCCUUGAGAUGGAGGAUGAUUUGAAGCUCUGCAGCUGGGCAGGACAAAGGCUGGAUCAAGUUCCUCCAAGGAGAAUGAUGCCCCAAGAGAAAAGGGAGAAAGCUGUGCAAAGCCUCCCUCGCUGCCUCAGGCCGGAGAAUUUGGAGAUUGACAUUGAAUAUGAUUCAAACGAGGAAGAGGAUUUAACCAUCACUUCCACACCAGUGAGCCUGUUGAGUUCGGAUGGGAGGGCUGAUGGAUCACCCACAGAUUGUGAGGAGGAAUGGAGUGACUGCUCCAGCCGGUCAGGAUCAGUCCAAUCCAGUGGGCGACGAGAACUGAAGCGAUCCAAUAGUUGGGAGGGAGAGAGCACGGAUUGGAGCACAUCUCCCAGCCAUUCAUCUGGACAUUGCAGAUGGAGGAAGAAGGCCAAUGGGGCCCCAGAAGAAUGGAACAGGACUUGGGAGAAAAGUCCUUCUGUCUUGGGAGCCAGGCCAGAGCAGGCUUGGAAGGAGGGCCCACUUGUGCAAACAUGGGUGACAGGUAAUCCUGGGUUGUUGGACUCAACAUCUUACCAGUCCCCUGUCCAGAGAGACAGAAGGUCUCUGAGAAAAAGCCAAGAAGGGACCCCACCUCUCAGUGGAACUAUUGGAACUUGGAGGAGUCCUUCCAUUGAAUCAGCAGACGACAAGGGCUCAGCACGUCUGUUUGUGGCUCUUUUUGACUAUGAUCCUGUUUCGAUGUCCCCUAAUCGGGAUGCUGCCGAAGAGGAGCUUCCAUUUCAAGAGGGCCAGAUUCUGAAGGUCUAUGGUCACAAAGACGCAGAUGGUUUCUACAGAGGGGAAUGUGCAGGAAGAACAGGGUUCAUACCCUGCAACAUGGUGUCUGAACUCCGGGUGGACAGUGACAGUGCAAGAAAACAGCUGUUAGAAGAAGGCCACAUUUCUACUGACAUGCUGAUGGAAAGUCUAGGGAAUGGUGCAUUUUCUCCCCCUCCAUCGCACCCAUUAAAUCGCCCUUCAAAGCCUCGGCGAUCUAAGAAAGCAGAAUCAAUCAGGGUGGAAGAUCAGGUUCCUGAUUUAGGUUGAGCUCAGAUUUUGUGCUGGGGACAUUGUGACUGUGCUCAGUUCCAUGGAUGAUGAUGGGUUCUACUAUGGGGAGGUAAAUGGACAGAAAGGUCUUGUUCCAUCUAAUUUCCUGGAAGCUUUGCCAUCAGACGGAGCACUGGCAAGUGAGCCAAGCCUUGGAAGGCAGCGAGUGAGGAAAAGAAGAAUCCAGUGAUGCAUGUGAGACAGUCAAGAGGAAGAGAGAAAAGCAGAGAACAAUCACUGGUAUCCAGUAGAUCAUCUGAUACACCUUCCAUUUUUGCUUAGCACCUGGACCGUCCACUGCCUCAGAGUCUCAGGGUUGGGUGUCUCUUGAGCAUCUCAAUCCUGAGACCUGCCCUUCAGGACAAGAAGAACAUAUUCCUGAAAAGAGAGAAAAUUCACCCCAGGUCGAGCAAGAAGAAUGGUGCUGAGCUCAGCUGCCAUAAAGCGUUGCAGUAAAAAAGGAACGAAUCACGAUGUAAUUCGCAAUGGCAUUUUAUUUCUAUAGAUUGCAAGAUGUGUCAAGUGGUUUGGGAAGCAAGUAUGAGCUCCAGAAAGGGAGUUCUGUAGAGACACGUUGCUCACAAUCUCUUCUCCAGUCUGUAAUGUAGUUCAGUGGAUGUUCCCUAUUUUACUUCCAGAAAGUAUGUCCCUUGUUUUGGAAAUCAAAGCUGCUUUCUUAGGCCUUUUCUCUCAGCAUAUCACUUCUCUCGAUCCACAACUUUCUUUUAUCGCCUUUUCUCAACCGGUCUCAACUUGGACAUUGUCCUUCUCAGAAAGAAUCAGACAAGGAUCUAAUUUGGCUGGGUCUGGCUGAAUUGUUGUUGACUAUAUAUUAUCUGGGGGUUCCUGCUCAAGAACCUUCAUGUUUGCCAGUGGAAGACUCACACAACCAUCUUCGUGUGGAGUCUUGUUUUGAUACAGCAACUUCUCUUUUUGUGGUACUCUAAUGCUAAACUGCACAUUUCUGUCCCCUGAGUAGAAAUCAGGGCAUUUACCAUUUGAUGGUAAGUUAAGGACAUUGAUUGCCUUCAGGUACAUAACUCUGUACAGUACCAUGAUAAAUAAUUUACUGUAAUAAUGCCGCUAAUCAUUCCUUGGACAUCAAAUGUGACCAACAAGCAUUAGUGGAGUGCAUAAUACCAGACAUGUCACUGGAAGGAAAAAAAAUCACAAAAUUGUGCCUCAUUUGGGGGAAUGUGGGGGAAUUCACUGGAGAAAGCAAUUAUGUUUGGAGUUAGUGAUAAAAGGAAAGCAGGCCACCGAAGAACAUGAUGGCUGGAUACGAUCAGCGCUAACACCAACCAGAGCAUAGGAAAACUUAAAGAAGUUGUGCAAGAUUGGAAGAUGUGGAGAGGCCUGGCCGAUAGACUUGCUAAGAUUUGGGCACAAUUGAAUGGAUAAUAUCAUCAUCAUCAUCAAUAUCAUCAUCAUUGCCAAUGAUGGAAUUUUACUUAUCUAUUCUUACCUUUCUCAUUUUUUCCUGGAUUACAUUCAAACAGUUUGAAACCUCUGAAUAUAAAAUCUCAUUCAUAGGUUGUGUCAUCCUAUAACGUACCAUGCAUGGGGAAAACAUCACUUCUGCUUCAGAUACUGUAUGUCAUGGGAGCUCCCACAAUGCCAGCUGAGAUGUGGGGGCAGCAUCUCAUAAGCAUCCAAAUCAUCCAGCUCAAGAUCUUAUAGGAAGGAGAUUCCCCCCCACCCUACAUCCCUGCUUCCAAUUUUUGCAUUUUUAUUAGAGAGGGUUUGACAUGAUCACCGUCUUUUGGUCCACAGAUCGUUACCGGCUAAAGGUGAGAGAAUCAGAAAGUCAGGCUCACCCACAGUUAGGGACUACUCUCAUCCUCCAAAUAGUUGUAACAUGUCCAGACUCAAGAUCAUAACAUUUACUUGGUACGUGGGCAAAAAAAUCCCCCCAAAUGCUACCAUUUAGUAAAGCAUGGAGAUGGUUAUUAGAUAGAUUUCUGGCUACAGAUUUGUAGAAUAUAUGCAGCUCGAGAAAAGUGCUAACAGCCCAUUUAGAACGUCUGUGCUAGAUAUGCGACUGAGUAAGCUUUCUGUUUUCCAUAGUUAGACUCUCUACUCAGAGUGUAAAGGUAAUAAGCAGGGGUGAAAUCUACUUACCUUUGCUAUCGGUUCGGUAGCAAUGUGAGCGUGCACACAAAGCGUCAAAAACGGACGUGAUGACAUCCGGGCGGGUGAGCGGAGCCUGCUACUGAAUAGUGAACAGUGAGGUGGAAAGGUGGGGAAUCCACUGUACCAUGCGAUUUAGAUUAACUAGAAAGCAGGAAAUAAAUCAUGCAUCACAGGUGAUCAUCAGAAAAACCAGUUCGCCUGAACCGGUUUCAUUUUUUUUACUACCGGUUCGGGCGAAUCAGUAGCAUUUUUACUAUCAGUUUGGGUCAACCAAUCCGAACCAGUAGCAUUUCACCCUUGAUAAUAGGUCUCAUUGGCUAUUGCCUUCAGUUAUUGGUAUUCACAGGUACAUUACACCUGAAAGGGAGAGGUUUCAUUUCAUCUAAUCUCAAAGGAUCUCUUAUUUCUGUUCCAUGAAAUUAACUAGUUUCUCCUUUAAUACCAUCUAAGCCUAUGAUCAUUAACACAUUGUGCAAUAUAAAUUAUGUAUAAAUUAUGUAUUUUGAGAAGGUCUCUGUCCUGAAUCUCUGUCAACAGCACUGUUGGAUUUCCAUUUUGAGUUUGGAACAAAAGACUAAUUCACUAAUUCGCCAACUUCCAGAUUCAUUUGGACUACAGCUUCCAUUCCCAACUUGAACAUUGUGGGUGAAAAUCCUAAGAAUUGCAAUCCCAACAACUCUGGAAAGUAUCUAUUUUAUGGAAAGCUGCUCUUUCUCUUCUACGCCCCAGGUAUAAUUUAUAAUCCUCUGGAGUUCCUGCUUCACAGUUGCCUAGAACAAUUCUUAACCACUGCCUAUUAUUGACAUUGAGAUUGCCAGUUGACUUUGACUUAGCUUAAAUGGGCCAUCAAUUGGCUUGCAUUUACUUCAUUUCAUAAAAGAUGUUCAACUCACCCUUCGCCUAUGCCCAAGAAUAUAUCAAAAUGCAGACUGCACUGUAUUAUGGAAACCUAACACUUUCUUUAAAAUAGCUCUGAAUGGCAUUGUGAUUCUUUUCUUGGUAGAAGACUUCUUUGCCAGGAUCAAAGUUGGACCUAAAGUUGGAACCAUGUUUUCAUGAAGUGAAAUUCUGAGGCGAAUGUCCACUACUGAAGAAACAGAGAGAGAGAGGGAGAGAGAAAGGGUGGGGGGAGAGAAUGGCUAAGUUGGAUUAAGUUGAUAAUAGGUACAAGUAUGAGAGUUUAUCCUUUGUCCCUGGUUACUGGCAUUCUAAACUAAGAAGGCAGCCCAGACUCGACCAGUGUCCUUCUCCUGUGGUCUGCCUUUUGUAAGAUUUCCAGCUGCUGAACUAAGCAGCUCUAAUGGUGAGGAUCAGUGGGCACUGUGCCAGCCUGUGUGCCUAGCUGUGGGAAGGGGCGCCCCUUAUUCAGAGGUGACCGCUAUUUUAUGACUGAGAGAUUUGUGUGUGUGUGUGUGUGUUUUAAUAAAUGUGUCCCCCAUUCUUGCAGCCAAUGUACCUCUGCAUGUUUGUUGGGAAAAGGAAUCAUUCUUGUUCAGUAUGGA